AUGAGCGUGCGAAAAGCUCACAACUCAGGCAAAAACCAUUUGAAGAACGUCGUCCAAUAUUACCAGGGUAGGGCACCUCGUGCUAAGAAUACUCUACACGGUAUUAUACCAUGUUGCAAAUCCAUCGAUACUGACUGUCUGCGUUUAGAAAUCGGACAUGAAAAGGCUCAGUCGGUGAUCGAUUCCAUCACCUCAUCAUACGCCGCAGAGGGCCAGGCAAGUUCCAAUCCUAUGCUACAGCACGCAGCCGGACAAGCGGGAUACCCUCCUCUCCCAUUUGGAUUCCCAGGCCAGCCAGGCUCAUUACCUCCUCCACCAUUCGGCGUACCAGGCAUGCAAGGAGCUCCAGGCGCACCUCCACCACCAGGCGGAAUGAUACCACCCCCUGGGGGCCGCGGUAUGCCUUUCCCUCCCCCUUUCCCACCAACCGGCACCCCGGGACCCAACGACAAGCCAAUCCCACUUCCAAUGCCCCUUCCGAAUAUGCCGCCUGGUAGUUUGCCUUUCCCACCUCCUCCACCAGGUGGGUUCCCGCCGAAUUUCCAGUUUCCGCCUCCAGGGGCGCCUGGCGGUGUGCCUCCCUUACCACCUUUCCCAAGCCAGGCCCCGGGUCAAGCACCUGGUUCUAGCACUAGUCCUCCUCCGCCUCCUGGAAUGGGGCAGCAGCAGCAGCAGCCAGGAGGGUUCCCGCCGGGGAUGGGCGAGUCGAAGUGAAUGAAUGAUAUUAUUCAUUGACUUGGCAUUUUUCCCUGUUUGUAUAUUGUAGUUUAUAGCGUUUGUCUUAGUAGGAAUUGUGUCUUGGAGUUUUAAGUAUUAAACUGAGUUAUGGUCAAGAUUACACAAUGAUGAUUCCAAAACAUAGAUUACUAAAGCGGCAUGAUGGUCUGAUUUCAGUCAAAAGACAAAAUAUAUGCCUGAGAAACGUAUAAUGAUUACAUCUAAAGACAUAUGACGAGAUUUAACAUCUGUGUCUAUAACAUAUGUGUACAGACAUCAAGUAGUCUUUUAUCAUUCUCUAUCCGAUGUUAAAAGAACAGACGAUGAGUAAAACAGCAAGGAAAUGAGCAAAGCAAUGUGAGUGUGAGUGAGACCCAUAUGAAACAGAUAGGAAGACGGGCAAGAGGUUAGGGAAAAAAGCAGAACCAGGCAAGGUAAUAUCCCAUAGUACUUGAGGAAUGAAAAACGCAAAGGAAAUAGCAAGGCCAUUUAAUAGAAGGCAGAGACACAAGGGAAGGAUGACUAACUAAGGGGUUGUGGUUUGGUUAUGUAGUAUCAGACCAGAAGAGAAGAAAAGAGCACAAAAAAAAAAAAAAAAAAAAAAGAUAAACUCCAUGAAUCCAGUCCAUAGUUUCCAUGAGUAAUUUGCCGGCCGUUGUUGUGUGCAGUGGGGCAGUAAAGGGGGAGAAGUGAAAUAUUUGUACACUGAAUGGUAAAAGGGGUGAAUGAAAUGGAAUGCAAGAGGAAAUGAAACAGAAUCCAGGCCUUGGUAAACUGUGGGAUGGUAACGAACAAGAGAAAAAAAAAAAAA